CCCCCGUCACCCCGCAGGGUACCUCAGCGAGUACAUGGCACCGUCGGCGUACACGGGAGACGGGGAAGCGGCGCUGAAGGUGCCGUCCCCAUCGGCCAUCUACGGGGCCGGGGACUCGGAGCCCCCCGACAGCCCCCACUCGGGCAUGGCCGGGGGUUACAUCAACGGCGACGCGGCCGUGAGCGAGGGCUACGCCGUGGACGCCUUCUUCAUCACGGACGGGAGGUCCCGGAGGAAGACGUCGGCGUCGGCUUCGUCGUCGUCCUCGUCCUCGAGGAGCCUCCAGCGCCACACGUGCGGCGAGUGCGGGAAGACCUACGCCACCUCCUCCAACCUCAGCCGCCACAAGCAGACCCACCGCAGCCUGGACAGCAAGAUGGCCAAGAAAUGCCCCACCUGCGGCAAGGUCUACGUCUCCAUGCCCGCCAUGGCCAUGCAUCUCCUCACCCAUGACCUGAAGCACAAGUGCGAGGUGUGCGGCAAAGCCUUCAGCCGGCCCUGGCUGCUCCAAGGCCACAUGAGGUCUCACACCGGGGAGAAGCCCUUUGGUUGUGCCCAUUGUGGCAAAGCCUUCGCCGACCGCUCCAACCUGCGCGCCCACAUGCAGACCCACUCGGCCUUCAAGCACUUCAAGUGCAAGAGGUGCAGCAAGACCUUCGCCCUCAAGUCCUAUCUCAACAAGCACUACGAGUCCGCCUGCUUCAAGGGGGCCGGGACCCCCCUCAGCCCCCUCCCACCUUGAUUUGGGUGGCCUCCAGCCCGAGCCGAGAUCAACCUCACCCAGCGGCACCCAACGGCAUCCAACAGCACCCAACAGCACCCAACGGCACUCAGUGGCAUCCAACGCAGUCAACGGCACCCGACGGCGCUCAGUGGCGCCCAACGGCAUCCAACGCAGUCAAUGGCACUCGACAGCACUCAACAGCACCCAGUGGUGCUCAACGGCACCCAACGGCACCCAACGGCACUCAACAGCAGCCGGCGGCACUCAAUGCCACUCAACCUCACCCAGUGGCACUCAACAGCACUCAGCGGCACCCAACGGCACCCAAUGGAGCCCAGCCCAACCCACUCAACAUCAUCCAACUCAACGCCACCCAACGCUGCUCAACAGCACCCAACCCAACCCAGUGGCACCCAACGCCACUCAACAGCACCCAGCUCACUCAACAUCACCCAAUGCAACACAGUGCCACUCAAUGUCAACCAGGGUAUGGGGACAGGACGACCCCCCCAACCCCAUGGUGCACCCCAAGAUGAGGGUGACCCCCCCUAUAGACUUGCAUGGGUGCCCCAACCCCAUGGUGCACCCAAUCUUGGCGUCACCCCGGCAUUUUGCAUGGGUACCCCAUGGUGACCUCCCCAUAGAAUUGCAUGAGUGCCAUCGCCCUGUGGUGCACCUCAAGAGCUGGAUGGCCCCCCUACAGACUUGCAUGGGUGCCCCCACCCCAUGGUGCACCCAACCCUGGGGUCACCCUCCCCUUGCAUGUGGUGCACCCCGAGAGCUGGGUGACCCCCCCAUAGACUUGCAUGGGUGCCCUGAUGCCAUGAUGCACCCCGGUGUUGGGGUCACCUCCCCUAUUUGCAUGGGUGCCCCAUGGUGCACCCCAAGACCAGGGUGACCCCCCAUUUUGCAUGGGUGCCCUGGUCCCAUGGUGUACCCCAACUCUGGGGUCAUCCCCCCCUUGCAUGUGGUGCACCCUAAGAUCAGGGUGACCCCCCCCCCAUUGCCUUUCAUGGGUGCCCUGGUCCCAUAGUGCACCCCAAGAUCAGGCUGACCCCCUCAUAGACUUGCAUGAGUGUCAUCACCCUGUGGCGCACCCCAACGCUGGGGUCACCCCACUUCUUUGCAUGGGUGCCCCAUGGUGCACCCCAAGAGCUGGGUGACUCCCCCCCAUAGACUUGCAUGGGUGCCCUGAUGCCAUGAUGCAUCCCAAGAUCAGGUUGACCAUCCAACCCCUGCAUGGGUGCCCCCACCCUGUGGUGUACCCCAAGACCAGGGUGACCCCCCCAUAGACUUGCAUGAGUGCCAUGACCCCGUAGUGAACCCCAAGAGCUGGGUGACCCCCCUAUAGCCUUGCAUGGGUGUCCUGGUCCCAUGGUGCACCUCAACCCUGGGGUCACCCCCCCCCUUGCAUGUGGUGCACCCCAAGUUGAGGGUGGCCCCCCCAUAGACUUGCAUGGGUGCCCUGGUCCCAUAGAGCACCCCAAGACCAGGAUGACCCCCCCCCAUAGCCUUCCACGGAUGCCGUGACCCCAUGGUGCACCCUAACCCUGGGGUCCGUUCCACCCCCCCCCCUUGCAUGUGGUGAACCCUAGGAUGAGGGUGACCUCCCCAUAGGCUUCCAUGGGUGCCCCCAUCCCACGGUGCACCCCAAAACCGGGUCCCCCCGCCCCCGGGGGCUCCCCGGCCUCAUGCCAUAGCCCAAUCCGGGGUGCCCCCCCAUUUUAUGCGGGUGCACCCCAAGACCAGGGACCCCUCCCCCCUUUCGCAUGGGUGCCCCCACCCCGUGGUGCACCCCAAGAUCAGGGUGACCCCCCCCCGCUCCUCGCAUGGGUUCCCCCCCUCUGUGCCGUACCCCAAAAUAAGGGUGACCCCCCCCAUUGCAGGGGUCCC